AGUUAUUUACGUUCCAUUUUAUUAUUACUUUAUAAAAAAAGAGACAUUGAAUUGGGGAGUGCAUACCCAACUCUAUAAUAGAUGCUUUGACUUUGAAUCUCAAUUGUGCUCUUCUUGUUCAGAUUCCAACAUUCUUGAGAGAAAGUUCAAAGAAAAUGGGUAGCAAUUUCAAAAGAAUUGGGAAAUUGGCUGCAAUUUCAUCCAAAAAUCAAAGUUGUAUGGGAUUUUCCUCAACAGUUAACAAAAAUGACACUUCCACCAAAUCUGUCAACCUUUUCUCUGCUAUUAAUCAAGCUCUUCACAUCGCUUUAGACUCUGAUCCUCGUUCUUAUGUAUUUGGAGAAGAUGUUGGUUUUGGUGGUGUCUUUCGUUGCACUACUGGGCUAGUUGACCGAUUUGGAAAACAGAGGGUCUUUAACACUCCUCUGUGUGAGCAGGGCAUAGUUGGAUUUGCGAUUGGUCUUGCUGCAAUGGACAAUCGAGCUAUAGCAGAAAUUCAAUUUGCAGAUUAUAUAUUUCCUGCUUUUGAUCAGAUUGUCAAUGAAGCUGCGAAAUUCAGAUACCGGAGUGGUAACCAGUUCAACUGCGGAGGUUUAACUAUAAGAGCACCUUAUGGAGCUGUUGGACAUGGUGGGCAUUACCACUCUCAAUCCCCUGAAUCUUUCUUCUGCCAUGUUCCUGGUAUAAAGGUGGUCAUCCCACGCAGUCCACAGCAAGCAAAAGGAUUGCUGUUGUCAAGCAUACGUGACCCAAAUCCAGUUGUUUUUUUUGAACCAAAGUUGCUUUACCGGAUGGCUGUUGAAGAAGUUCCUAAAGAUGAUUAUAUGUUGCCUCUAUCUGAGGCAGAGGUCCUCAGGGAAGGUACUGAUAUCACAUUAGUUGGUUGGGGAGCUCAGCUAUCUAUUAUGGAGCAGGCAUGUGUAGAAGCUGCAAAGGAGGGGAUCUCUUGUGAACUGAUAGACCUUAAAACUUUAAUACCAUGGGACAAGGAAACGGUAGAGGCCUCUGUCAAAAAGACUGGAAGGCUGCUGAUUAGUCAUGAAGCUCCUGUGACAGGUGGAUUUGGUGCUGAAAUAUCUGCAUCUAUAGUUGAACGUUGCUUCACGAGAAAGCAUGCAAGCGAAUGUAGUCUUGAAGUUCUCCAAUUUGAAGAAAUUGGGAUGCCUUGAAAUAUGGAAAUUUCUAUCAGCGGGAUCAUGUUCAGUGCGGCAAAAUAGAAGCUGAUAUACAGUUCAGCUACUUGUAAUUUCAUUUACCAGAGUUCACAUCUGCCAGGAAAGAAAAUAGUCUCUCUUUUUCAAACCAGGAUGAGACUUGUAAUCUUUUACAUCUGUUUCAAGAUUACAGUUUUUGCAAUAUAAAGAGAGACUUUUAAGAUUACAAACAAGGUCAAGCAAAUAGCACAAACAGUACUUUCUUGCUCA